CCUUCCACCACCACCUAUUAUCAGUCAACCCACGUCAAUUCAGCAAAGAACAGCAGCAGUAGCAGCAAAGGGCUAUGUCGGGCUGCAGCGAUUGGCAGCCGUCAUCCUCACGCCUGUCACGCGAGCAGGAGACCUCCAUCAUCGUCUCCGCGCUCGCUCACGUCCACUCCGGCUACGCCACUGCCCCCGCCGAGCUCCCGCUCGCUGACACCUGCCGUACGUGCGGCAUCGAAGGGUGCCUCGGUUGCGAGCUCUUCUCCUUCGCGGACGACGAGGUAGCCGUCGUGCCGUCCGACAGCAGCGGCUCCGGGGGAUCGAGGAGGAAGGGGAAGAAGGGCAGCAGGUACCGGGGCGUGCGGCAGCGGCCGUGGGGGAAGUGGGCGGCGGAGAUACGCGACCCGAAGCGGGCGGCGCGCAAGUGGCUGGGCACGUUCGACACUGCGGAGGACGCUGCGCGGGCGUACGACCGCGCCGCCGUCGAGUUCCGAGGGGCGCGCGCCAAGCUCAAUUUCCCGCCCCCGGACAACACGCCCUCCUCAAAUCCUGAUCGCUAG